AUGACAAAUACCGAAGACACAAAGUUAUACACACAGUUAACAACCGUUGAUGGUUACAAUCCCAAAGAACGUAUGAUCUUUUCCAAACCCAUUUCGGGAGAAAUUCCGGACAGCAAACCAAAAAUCGAGUUCAAGAGAAUCAACAUUUCUACUCUCAAUGAAGACGGGACAGAAGGUGAACUCAUUCUUCCCACAGAACGUCUGUAUUCAUUUGGUAUUUCAGAAAAUACGAGCCAAGAGACCGGCAAAGUCACUGGUUACACAUUUCUUCUGUGCUUGUGGAACCGCGAUGGAGCCACGGAAGAAGAGAAGAUUUGGACCGAGACUUUCAAUAGCAUUGUCGAUUGUUGCAUAGAUCACUUGAUUGAAAAUCGCGAAGAAAUCGACAUGUUUGAGCUGGAACGCAGUGAUCUGACAAAGUCUAAAGGUGGUUUAAAUCCUCUCUAUUGGAAAAUGGAAAAGGUCUUAAAUGAAAAGACAGGAAAGAUUGUUCAACAAAAAGACCCCGAUCGCGGCCCGACCUUGUAUGCAAAACUGAUUUACUCAAAAAAGACAAACAAGUUUCGCACGCAGUUUUACGAUCUAAAUGAUGAACCGAUAGAAGCAGACACGUUGAUGGGAAAAUACUGUCAUGCAAAAUGUGCAAUAAAGAUUGAGUCCAUUUUUAUUGGUGCUCGUAUUUCACUGCAGGUCAAACUGUACGAGGCUGUUGUAGAACCCGCUAAAACGGGAAUGAAACGUCUUUUGCCUCGUCCAAAUGCCGAAUCUGUGGUAUUAGAGUCUGAAUACGCAACAGCUGCAGAUCUUUUGUAA